GUCAUAAUUAACCACUCGUUUUUCCUGGAUAGUCGAGCUCUGUUAUUGGCCAAUACAGAUUGGCUACCGGAAGUCAGAUUGGAUGGUGUAGGAAACUGAACGCACGCGUUUCGGGAUGGUGCGUUACAAAUCCAGGUAUCUGCUUUGUGAGUUGUGCGUGUCAGAACAAAGUAGUUUGCAGCUGUUGGAUGACCGAGCUGUAUUCACGGCGGUGAGGGGAGCAGUGUCUUCGGCCCACGGGGAUUACGGGGCUGCUCUCUGCAGAACCUCUUUUGCAGUGAAAUACCUGAAUGCCCACACUGGAGUGGUGUUCCUGCGCUGUCGAAAGAGGCACUACAGACUCCUCUGGUCUGCAUUACCCUUCAUUACCAGUGUGGAGAACCGAGGCCAGAGAAUCCCCUGCUUCAUUAACUGCCUGCAUAUUGGAGGGACUAUUCGCACGUGUCAGAAGUUCUUGAUCCGAUACAAUACUCAACAGCUCCAUCGCAUGCUCAGGCUUUGCCACAGUGAGGCGGAGAGGUUGGAGGUGCGCAAGGCUGUGCUGAGUUGCUCUCUGAAGAGUCUUGAAAAAGAGGAAGAGGAUGAAGAUGUAUUUGGGGAUGAAGAAGAGUGGGGGAAAGGUUAAAUUACACACACUUACAGACUGGUGGUACUGUGGCCUGGACAGUACAUUUUCAGCCAUGGUUGGUUGAAAGCAGGUGUCUAAAAACAAUAUAUAUGGCCAAAAGUGUUACUUUACUGCAUUACUUUGUACUGAAAUAUUGAUGCCUAAUAGUGCACUGCAGUACCCUACCCACGACAGCUUAGUACUUCACUGUGCGGGGGAUUUGGCCAUCUAAAAUUGGUUGGAGAGUAAAUCCAGUCUAGACUUGCAUCUGAGAUGUAGAGCUUCGUGGGACUUUCAAAGUUUCAGUUUUGGUUACAACAAUGCAAUAUUGUAUUUAGUGGUGAUUAAAAAAAUGUAAGAUAAUGUGUA